AUGCCUUCCCUAGCCGAUGAAUACUUAAUUGAUAAUCUAAAAAAGUACAAGACAGUACACUAUCAUAAUCAGCCUCAUUCUGUAUGGCAUCGUGUACUAGUUGCAAGGAGAUCAUCAGUCUUUGUUCUUUUGUUUCUCGGUGCUUUAGGAGAAUGGAGGGUUGUCUUGACCAAAAGGUCAUCUAAACUAAGAAACUUUCCGGGGCAUAUUUCAUUACCUGGUGGAAAGGCAGACACAGCAUUGGAAACCGAGUGGGAAGUUGCUAGGAGAGAAAUGUGCGAAGAGAUUGGAAUCGAAGCUAAUGAUGAUACUCUCUGGAAGAACUGGAGGGUUGCUAUAGAACGUGUUAAUAUUUUGCCAUGUUAUUUAUCAAGAACAUUCUCGGCUGUCAGUCCUUGUGUUGGAAUAUUGAGAUUUUCUAAGAAUAAAGGUGAAUCAGAAAUCAUAAACAAGCUAACUUUAAAUUUGAACCCAGGUGAGAGUUCUAAUAUAUUCUCCUGUCCGCUUAGAGAUUUCAUAUACCCAGCAGGUGAAGAUAAACCAUUGGAGUCCAUGGAAAGGUCAUAUAAUAAAGUUAAAUGGGGUGGUAUACCCUGGAAUCUAAGAUCUUAUGUGUUUCUUCAAGAUGUUCCAAAUGAGGUACAGUGGUUAAGGGACAUUAAAGAUUUGUCUGCUUCAGAAGAUGAGAGUCAAAAUGACUCUGAUGAUAUCGGUCACAGUAACAAACCUAAAAAUCGGAAGGUUCGCUUAUCAUCUUGGGGUAAUUUAGGCUCGCGUCGACACUCCGAGACGAAUGAAAAGGUGUAUGACGUAUGGGGCUUAACGGCCAACAUAUUGCAUGAUUUGGCUAGCAUAAUCUACACAGGAAAAGCAGAUAGUGUAGUUGGAGAAGAGGAAUUAAUUUAUAGUAUUUGGGAGGAAGGCAAUCUAAUGAGAACCAAGGAAAGGUCAGAAGCUGAGCAAAAAUUAAUCCGUGCGGGACCCGGUGAUCCUUUUGGAUUUAACAGUAUACUUCCUAGAACAGAAUUCAACAGGUUGAAGAAUAUAUACAAAUUAUGA